CUCAAAGUGUUGAUCUCAUAUCAGCGAGCUGUGGAAUGGAGAGCCCAUCUCUACUACGGCUGCUCUUGCUGACCGUGUCUCUGUGCUGCAGGCCCAACAAAGCCUCCCUGACUCUCAGGCCCAGCACAGCUCAGCUGUUUGUUCAUGAGUCUCUUCAUCUGAGCUGUGAGGAAGACUCUGCUGGAUGGACGGUGAAGAGGAACACGACCACAGAAACCAUGACAGAGUGUGGAGACACCUGGGGAAAACUAACAGCUUCCUCCUGUGUGAUCAGUUACACAUACCCAUCAGACACUGGAGUUUACUGGUGUGAGUCCAGAGAGGGAGCAACCAGCAACACCGUCAACAUCACCGUCACUGUUGUGAUCCUGCAGAGUCCUGUCCUUCCUGUGAUGGAGGGAGCUGCUGUGACUCUGAACUGUGCAACCAGGACUGCCUCCAACCUCCCAGCUGAUUUCUAUAAAGAUGGCUCCUUCAUCAGGACUGAGUCUACAGGACAGAUGACCAUCCACCAUGUUUCCAAGUCUGAUGAAGGCCUCUAUCACUGCACCAUCUCUGGUUAUGGACAGUCUCCACCCAGCUGGCUGGCUGUGGCAGUUUCACCGACAACUACAACACCACCAAUACUGCUCUGCCACCUAGUGGUGUUCUGUCCUUACUUCAUCUCAACUCUGCUCCUGGUGUCUCUGUGGCGCCAGAGGUCUGCAGGAUCUGAGCCACCCAUCUCCAUGGCAACAGUGCAGACGAUCCAGGCUGAUGAGGGACUGGAUGAUGAGUAUGAUGACGUCAUUGCCGAUGUCACUACCAAGCAUGACUUCUGA